AUGGCCACCUACGGGGUCGGCGCGUCGGACGAAAUCGCCUGGAUUUCCGAAGGCCAGGCUGCCGAACCGCGACCGCCGCCGCCGCCGCCCAACAUCACGAGCCCAGGCAUCGUUGCCGUGGAUAUCACCAGCAAGUUCGUAGAGGCGGCCGCGACCCUGAGCCCCGGCGAGAUCGUCAAGGAUGGCAUGUUCACGCUUUUCGAAUCAGUCGCUGCUCUCGAGGUUGCUCCUCCCCCGCAUUCUUCCCUCCCUCGUCCAUGCUGCGUUGGGCCAAUGCCGCUGACGCUGAUGCAGAUCAUGGACCCCAAGAUGGACAGCGGCUGCGUCGGGCCCGGUGAUGAGUUUGAGGAGAUGUACGACGUGUCGCAGCCACUCCUUCCCGAAGAAAUUCUCGGCAUCAUCGAUCAGCUUCUCUGCCACGAGAUGUCCUGGCACCUAGGCUACCCCCUAUCCCAGACCGUCUUCACGAGUGUCUACGUGGAAGCGCUCCUAAUGCCGAGCCCGCACAGCACGAACGAGGCGACCUUUGUGAGGGAGCCGGACGGCGCUGCGACGGAGCAACCGAUGCUGCUGGUGCUGAGGGCGUACUGUCUCGCCAUGCUCAAGGCCUGCAACCACGUCAACGAGCGCAUCAAGUCGGAGCAUUAUUAUGAGGAGGAGGAUUUCGUCACAAACACGUACCACCGUACGCUGCUCGACAACCUGUCAACGAGCGACAUACUCGCCGUCCUGGCAGAAGCCGAAGAGUUCCUAGCGUCCCGGCAGGAGUCCAUCGAUGGCCAGGUUGUAGACGCGCUUCUCCAUCGCUUGCAGCUGAGACGCUUGUUCCUCGUCGCCGCCGAGUGUCCCGUCCAUGUCAAGGACCCGGAAAUGGCUCGAGAGCCUUGGACGCAAGCGUUGUCUGUCUUGCCAAAGAUAAAAUCGACCCAUGCUCUCGCCAAAGCCAAGGACGAAGCAUUCAGCGUCAAGCUGCAGAGAAAGCUCGCAAGCACCAUGCCUCCCCGACCGAUCGUGGAGCUCGGCUUCGACGACGCGUUCCGUCACCUGUCCCGCCUCUUCGAAGAUGGCUCCGAAAUCAUUGGCGUUCUCCAGUACGCCGACUCCCAAAGCCUUCUGACCUUCGUGGCAACCUUUCAAUCCAAGAAACCCCAACCUCUCGUCUACGUGAGGACGCUGCUGCAAACCUUUCUGUUCGACGCCAUGGAGGUCCUGGGCUCGAUGAGCAUCCGCCAACUCCUCGACGACGACCUCAGCAUCGUCACCCUUCCGGCGAGCCCGCUGUUGGACCGCGAUAAUGAUGACGUCGAAGCGAUGCAAGAUCCGCGCUUCGCCAUCGCCCAGCAGAUGGAGCUGUUCCGGAAGAGAGCGGCGCAGCCGUUCUUGGACAUAUUCAGGACUGCGUGCCAGAACCGGUGUCGCGUGCGACGAACGCUGUGCCACGUCAUUCGGGACUGGGACCAGCUUCAGGCGGAAGCGGAGGACGUGGACCAAAUUCUGCAGGUCAAAUCGAAGGAACAGCCUCUGCUGCGGCAGUCCGCCACCGGAGACGCCCCCGUUGAGACCUACGCACUGUCACUAUCGUCGUGGGCGUACCUGUACAAGCUUCGACAGAUGGAGUGGAUCGUGCAGCUGGGCUUCGAGCUGCAGGUGUACCAGCCCGACGAGCUGGCCGGCAUGUACUGGUACCUCAACCAUCUCGCCAAAUGCCGGCUGGAGCACUCGGAGCGCAUCAAGGGCUUUGUCGUCCGCGACGUCGAGGAGGCACGGUUGCGGCGACAAAGGCCGAGUCCCGCGGCGGAUGAGCAGCUGCAGCGGUCGCUUGCCUACGCGAGGUUGUCCCUUCUCGACGCCGCCGUGACGUGGGAGCUAUCCGACGCCCUGUGCUGCCUCUACAUCGUUCUCGGUCGCCUCGGCCUCUUGCAGUCACCGGCUCGACCGUUGAGCGAAGAUCGGCUUCGGUACGACCUUCGCAUGAAGCCCUUUGCUUCCAUCAGCUUCCCCGAGUUGCCCUCCUUUGACCUCUUCUCCGCCGGCGUGACGCAGACGGAAACGACUUCGGAAGAGCUGCUGGAGUAUGGCGAGAAGGCGGUGGCGGGCGCCAAGAAGGGGCUCGAGGCUCUCGGCCGUCUUUCGCCGACGGAGUCGUUUUCCCUCGGCUCGCACGAUCGAUGGUCAGCUUUGGUCAAGGGCGCUCUGAAGUCAAGCAUCGCGACGGGCAUCGCCAUCUCCAGUUUACAGCGCGCGCUGCGCAGGCGUUCGGAAGGAGUUGGGCUCGAGGUUCGUGCCGAGGUGCCCGCUCCGGACAAGGCGUACCACGACUGGUGGAUCGUCCCCAAGAUAUCACCAACACCGGCAGAGUGA